CGACAUCCGAAAACAACAUCCCUAGGCUACAACCUAUUAUCAUACCCCAUACCCCUAUUCAUCUGCCCGUUCAGUAUGCAGACACGUACACAACACCAUAAGGGCUACCUGUUAUGACCCUGAACAACACUUCGUGACUGAUCACUAUGGCGAACUCCAGCGAAUCUCACAUCUCAACACACGCGAAUCAAUACAUCCGUGAAGUCCUCCACUCCCAAGAAGCACCACCCACGAUAAAUGCGCGAUACUUCUAUACGUCUCCACUCGCUAUUGAUGACCCUCUCUCUGCGCUGCCUCCCCUCUCUGCCUCCACGAAUACGUACAGCCAACCGCGGCCAUUCUCCGAAUAUGAUAACGAGGCUAUCAAUGAGUCAUGGUUGGGCUUGAGGAAGAAGAUACUCCAACACAAUGAAGAAUAUGCUGAGAAAAGGGCAUCUGUAGACAUCCCUGGAACACCCACGAACCCAUCUGUAGAGAGAUUGAAGAGGAAACGAGCUGGGUCCGGCUCUCGCGAUGAUGUCCCUGCACCUCUGGGUCGAGAUGUACCUUCCACGCGCUCUUCCAGCCGAGGGCAAUAUUCAAGAUCUGUUGACACCGCAUAUGAAGGCCGCGCAAGGUCUGGCAGUUUCCCACGGGGCGCAGCGCUAUCAACCUCGUUGAGAGCGGCCAAUCCCGGAGAUAUGUCACCAUUAGAGCCUUCUACAACCGGAACACCAUUUAUAAGAGCCCCUUCAAGAGGAAAUAUAGCAAAAUUGCGGACCUCGGAGUCGGUGGAGGGGCGCAAGCGGCCAGCACCGCACGAGGUUGAUAGUUACAGAUGGGAUGAAGACAUGGAACCAGCGUUGUCCGACCAUAAUGCAAAGGGCCCUGUUCAACGACCUCCGCGACCAAAGACCGGUCCUUCUGCUAAAGUUCCAGUCGGAAUUUCAAGACUGCAUAAUGUCAUCAUGGACGCAGAAUCUAUUCGUAUGGAACCUAUAUAUUGGUCGCCUGUAAAUGAUAUCGCCAAAGUCAUUAGGGGAACAUGGUUCUAUAAACACACCAUGAUGCCGGUCGAGGUCGAAGUUGGCAACAUGCUCGAAGCAGGAUACAUUGAUCUUCAACCGUGGACGCAGACCUGGAAGGACGAAUUGAACAGUGCUGUAGAGGUAGGAGCUGCUGGCGAGAUGAAGAUCCUCCACAAGUUAUGGCCGGACAAGCCGCCUAGGCCAGAGAGUCGCCCGACAUCUUCAGCACAACCCAAUAUUGGAAUGGUGCAAAACACCUUGCCAGAAGGAGCCGAUGACCCCGACAAAGAGCGACGCGAAGUCUUUGAGAACGUGUGCGAUCUCAUCGAUAUCUCUACUGGACCUAAUGGGCCCGACAACAAGGCAGGCGGUGAUAUGGACUACGGACCUGACGGCACAAAAAGUCUCUAUCGUAAAGCCGGUGUCAUCUAUGCAGAUGAUAUCCACGCGUAUCUGCUGCGACCUUCUCUUCAACCAUCUGACUACUAUGGCCGCCGGCCUCUCGCGAAUUACAUUCGAAAAGGGAGCAAUAUUGGCAUAUGUGUUGUUCGGGGCUUCGAUCAGAGUAUCUGGGAUAAGUUGCAUCCGCCGAAAAAGAAUAGCAAAGCAAUAAAGGCUAAGCAAGGCGUUUCGACCUCCCAGGACGGAGCACCUCCACUGAGACGACAGAAACGGGACCCGGCUUUGGCACUCUCAGAGAGACCACAAGUUACUGAUCUUGUGCUUGUGAUACAUGGCAUAGGUCAGAAAUUGUCUGAACGCAUAGAGACAUUCCAUUUUACGCACGCCAUGAAUGCCUUCAGAAGAGAAGUCAACGUCGAACUGGGCACGGACGACAUCAAACGUAACUUGCGAGAAGAUAUGGGCGGCAUUAUGGUCCUACCUGUCAAUUGGCGACAAAGAGUCUCUUUAGAAGACGCAGCCAGCAGCAGUAUGGAGACUGAUGACCCGGCAGCUAAUAGUUACUCUUUGAAAGAUAUCACACCGAACACCCUGCCUUCCGUCCGAGGUAUUGUCAGCGAUGUCAUGUUGGAUAUUCCCUACUAUUUAUCACCAGAACACAACCCCAAGAUGGUAGCGGCUUGUAUUCACGAAGCAAACAGGAUCUAUCGUCUUUGGUGCCAAAAUAAUCCCGGUUUUGCAGAACACGGUCGUGUGCAUCUCAUCGCCCACUCUCUCGGGAGUGUCAUGGCUGUCGAUAUUCUGAGCCAGCAGCCGAGCAGCGUAGCUCCAGAGUGGAGUGACCCUGCUUUCCCCGAGGAGGAAGUCCCAAAAGAACACUUCAUUUUCGAUACAAGCUCUCUAUUUCUGUGUGGUAGCCCGCUCGGCUUCUUUUUGCUUCUACGGAAUGCUACUCUUCUGCCCCGCCGAGACAAAGAGAAGCCUGGAGCAGAUUCGUAUGCAACUCCCGGCGUUGGAGGUGAUCAAGGAACAUACGGCUGCGUGGCUGUUGACAAUAUUUACAACAUCAUAAAUCCUUACGACCCCGUCGCAUACCGCCUGAAUGCGGCCGUCGACGUAUCUUAUGCGGAGAUGCUCAAGCAAGCUGUCGUGCCGAGCGCAAACGUAUCAUGGUUUGCCUUCUCUAACCCUUUCCGCAAGUCUGAUGCUUCGAGUCACGCUGCCUCUGCCCGUCCAGCUACCCACCGCCUUCCUUCAAACGUCGAACUUGAAACGCAUAACUUCACAAGAGAGGAAAUUGCAGAGAAAAGGGCAUAUCUACUAAACGACAAUGGCCAAAUUGACUAUUUCAUGAAGUACGGAGGUGGUGCGCUUGAAAUCCAGUAUCUCACGAUGCUAGGUGCUCACAGUAGCUACUGGGUCAGCCGUGACUUUGUCAGAAUGAUUGUAGUAGAAGUCAGCCGCGAGCGAGGCAAAGAGGGAACUUUACUCGCGAUGCGAGCCCAGAAACGGAAGACCAGCGUCUCAUGAGGGGAGUCAAAAGUUGAUGCGAGUGUAUUCCAAACCAAGCAAGCUGUGGAGCCUGAUUUGGUACUAUCACCACGCUGAACUAAAUUCUAUCAACAUGCACCACCAGGAUGCUGCGAUAGUCCAAACCAGGUCCGUUACGCUGCACAGUAUCAACGCCAUGCUACCAGGCAUGUUGUUGGACUUCAUGUAUCUCGAACAUUUUGGGUAUCCUUGCGAUGAAGAGCUUAGCUUGCAAAUGCUGGCGGGCCUGAUGACGUUGGUCUCAGGCGCUCUGCAGCCUGCGUCUAGCCACGCAGCACGCCCACGUCAACCUGCUAGAACGCCGAUUGGCAUUGCGGCCAUAUCGAACGAGGCCCGUUGGUGCGAAGUCCCCGAUCAGUGCGACCCGCGUCGAUAUCCAGUGGG